UCGUCAGCAAAACCUGGCAGCUUUGAGCUGCCGAGGCCGACCACGGGUCAGAGGACCUUCCACCGCCACCACUUCCACCAUCAACUCCUUCGGGGACUCCUGAUCCGAUUGCCCCCCAGGCCAGUAUCUCGCUGGCGCCAGGUUCACGCUCACAAGCCGAUAGGUGUGGGGUGAUAGCGAAGAUGCGCUCUUCCGCCUCUGAUGCAGAAUUUGAUGCUGUGGUUGGAUAUUUAGAGGACAUUAUCAUGGAUGCCGAGUUCCAGUUAUUACAGAGAAAUUUCAUGGACAAGUACUAUCAGGAGUUUGAAGACACAGAAGAGAAUAAACUCACCUACACGCCUAUUUUUAACGAAUACAUUUCUUUGGUAGAAAAGUAUAUUGAAGAACAGCUGUUGGAGCGGAUUCCUGGAUUUAACAUGGCAGCUUUCACCACAACUUUACAGCACCAUAAAGAUGAAGUGGCUGGUGACAUAUUUGACAUGCUGCUCACGUUUACAGAUUUUCUGGCUUUUAAAGAAAUGUUUCUGGACUACAGAGCAGAAAAAGAAGGCCGGGGACUGGACUUAAGCAGUGGUUUAGUGGUGACUUCAUUGUGCAAAUCAUCUUCUGUGCCAGCUUCCCAGAAUGACCUGCGGCCCUAGGUCCCACCACCAGGCAAUGCAAUCUUUCUGGACAUUGCCAGCCAAUAGACUGGAAGAGGCUCUGGCAAUGUGACAGAAUACAUGUUGGAAAGACUGCCUAUUCUGCAACUCCUUAUUAAUGUUAAGUAUUGAUGGGUUAGAAGACAAUUGUCUGAACCUCCUGAGACCCUGAAGCACCUUCUCAUGUUCAGUAAUCCUAGCACUCCUCCCCAAGCACACCCCUCUCAGGCCUCUGCGUCAGGCUCCGCCAGAGCAAGCCCAAGGCCAGCAUUGCCCCUUUCCCAGCAUACCUGUUGGUAGGUCAGCAGCAUUUGGAAGAACCCACCAUCUCCAGCCCUCUUUGGCCCAGCAGGCUCUGCAUGUCCUCCAGGCUUUUUGUGUGCUCACACAGCCCUCUGUAUUCAUCUCUCUCAGACUUGCAGCCUCAAUGGGCUUUUUGCCUGUGGGGUAAUGUGUCUCUAGGCUGUUAGUCAAGCCAGCUGCCCGCCCAGCUGAGCUUUCUGCAUCUCAUCCCAUUCCAGCUAGUUAGAAUCAACUGAGAGAUGUCCCUUGCCUGAAGCUACACGUGAAAAUAAUUUCCUUGUCUUAUUUUGCAGUCCUUGCAUCACUGUCUUCUGCUGGUCCUGAUGUGGUCUGUUUCUAGAAUUCUCUUAAGCAUUUUUAGAAAAAUAUUUUUAUAGAAAAAUACUCAGGCUAACCUAGUGGAUAUAAUCUUGGAGCUUCCAUGAUUACCCACUUAAAGAUCAAAGUAUUAUAUGCUGUGUGCUUUUUAGCUGUUAGUGCUAUGAAAGCAAAAAUGCUUUCUACGUUGGCCUUCCUGGUUUACUGGGUGCCAACAAGUGUGUGCUUAUGCUGGAAGUAGGCUCAAAGGUCUCCCUUUCCUGCAGCAUGUUAAGUGUUUGUACAGGUUUGCUAAAACCCUUUCUGUAUAAAUCAGUUAGGUUUUCUGUUGGGUUAGGGUCUCUGUAGUUCCUUCCUCCUAUCAAAAUCUCCCUACCAAGAUGGUGUUCCACUGAGCUAGUUCAGCAUGAGUUAGGAGAGAGCAGACAGCUUUACUGGUCACCUGUAUGCUUUGAUUUAGCACAGUAUUUCAUAGAAAUUACUGACCAGAAAACACGGAUGUCCCAUCUCUAGAAAGAAAGAACAUGGUAUUUCAAUUCCCAGUGUGUACCCUCUAUUGUUUUUAAGUAAAAAUGAGACUCUAUACUGAUUUCAGUCACCUGUUCUGGUUUUAAAGUAUGAGCUAUAUAGACUGUGUUUUUCUGUACUGAUGUAUGGCGCUUAUUAAAUACUUUUGUACCAUGAGUAAACCUGGA